AUGAGCAAUCGAAACAUCUCCUAUGGCCGGGGCGGUGCCGGCAACAUCUUCCCGCAGCAGAACACAACUUCGCCCAAGGACCUCGUCACCCCGACCAUCAAGCAAGAAGUCUAUACCACCGGCCGUGGCGGCUCUGGCAACAUGGUCCACAAUGACCCCGAACGGCCGGAGAUCGCGCGCGAGAGCCAGGACGUCGAGUCGCCGCCGCUACGGGCGGAGCAACUGCCCCACCAUACGGGUCGAGGCGGCGCUGCGAACGCGUAUAUCCCGACCGCGGAGGAGGAAGAGCGAGCGCGCAAGCAGGAGGCUGAAUUGAUGCGCGUGCGCACCCAGUCGAAGGAUCGCAUUCGGGAGAUCGAGCACGAGCGACAGGGGUUGCGCCGCGAGGCGUCGGCGAAUAAUUGA